AUGGUGAAGAAAUUUCCGGUCGGAGGAGGCGCCGGCGAUCCGAACUUGUCGGAAAGCCUGUCCGAAACGUCAAAUGUCACAUUAAACGAAGGAGACGACAGUGCCGAGUGCAGUUUCAGCUACACUCCCAUACAACCGUUCAGCCAAGAGCUGAUCAGUCGUGACCGCAUCGGACGUGAGCUGUUUGCCGUAGAUCUGUUUCGGGUCAAAAAGAAAAUCCUCUACCACUUCCUCACCCAUGGCCAUCAAGACCACUACGGCUCGAUCGGCAAAAACUGGAAUCGGCCCAUCUACUGCACGCCGACGACCGCCGCGCUGCUACCACAUUUGACGCGCAGACGAACCGGACAGCAGUUCAUUCGAGAAUCCGGGGUGAGGGAAGAGCUGAUGCAACGGCUGCAACUCGGUGUCGCGCAAGAUUUUGACAAUUUUCGGGUGACAGCGCUGGACGCGAACCACUGCCUCGGGGCGGCGAUGCUGUUAUUCGAGGGAGAAGACCCGAUUUUCCAAGAUGGACCGAUUCUCUUUACGGGCGACAUCCGUGCCGACCGCACCCUGAUGGAACGUUUCGAGACCAACGCCGGCUAUAAGCGCCUUUCGCAGUUGAAACUUGGCCAUAUCUUCCUGGACGAUACCUAUCUUUGCGACGAGGCGGAGCAUUUUCCGGCACGCGACGAGUUGAUUCCAAAAAUUGUCGACCUCGCCCGAACAUUUUCCCCUACGUUGAAGCUUCUCCUCCCUCUGCACAAAUUGGGCAAGGAAGACGUGCUGGUGGCGGUGGCCCGCGGAUUGAAGGAGAAAAUUUGCCUCGAUCCUGGUCGUUGGGAGAGCCGGGAACUGCUCUUCCCGCCCGAAGAUCUUGAAUACUUCGUCGGCGAGGAGGACCCACAAGACGCCAGAAUUUUCGUGUGCUUGAGAAGGCGCUGCGGCGAGGUCUACCAGCACUUGUUUAGCCAGGGCAUCGAUGCAGUGGUCAUCAACUUGACAAAACAAAAGAUUUCGUUGAGCAGGCACAUUCACGAGUCCAUUUGCUACAAUUUCCCCUAUUCGGACCACUCGUCCUACACGGAGCUUGUGAGCUUCUGCUCGAGGCUGCGUACAAAGUUCCUUCAUCCGUGGAGCGGCAAGGUCGAUGUUGAACACCCGCGUUGGAAACGACUGCGCAGCGCAUGCACGUCGGACACGUUCGCGGAGCCACCAGCCGCGAAGCAGCGGCGUCUGGCCGACAGCCUGACGGCCGACCUUGAGGAGAUCGAUUGCACAACCACGAUCCCGAUCAGCGUCAAUGGAAUCGACAUGAACGGGUUUGCGCCCGCGCUGAAAGGAGCCAAA